GCAAGAAGUCAAAGACGAGGCCGUUGCGCUGAUGGAGCUCCGGCUGCUCGUGAAAAACUUCAUGGACAAAAAGUUGGAGGAAGCAAACUCGGAGAAGCGCGCGUGGGCGAGGAAGGAGGAGAGGCUGGAGGACAUGCUGACCACGCAGAAAUCCGAGCGGGACAAGCUAUGAAUUGCAAAAGUAUCUAUCCUACUCGUAUGAAUGCAUUACAAAUUUCCUCAGCAUGAUGAGAAAUAAAAUUUGCAAUGCGGAUUUACCCUAAGAAAAAGACUUGUGAUGCAUGACUGCAAUUACUACGAGUGCGAUAUUACAAGUUUUGCAGUUCAUACAAGCUGCAGAAGGACAAUUUGACCUUGAAAGAGAAAUAUGCAUUGCAAAUAUGUCUGGGUCUGGAAACCUGUGAUGCUGCGUGACGUAUCAUGAGGAGGUCAUAAGUGCUGGCUCAGCAUGACAAGUUUCUGAGCUUCUACGUGUUGCCUAUUCUGCAUGACAAACUGCGUUUCUGCAUGACAGAAAAACGGGGCUCUUGGGUAACGUGCAUGACAGAUUUAAGAGUCAUGCCAGACAAGCAUGACAAACAUGCAUUCUUCCAGACCCAGACAUUUUUACAGUUGAUAAGAAACUGCGGAAGGCGCUGAAGGACAUCCAGCAAAAUAUUACAAGGAAAAAUCCCCCCUCCCCAUAUCGUCGAAAAGGCAUGUUUUCAAAAAUUUGUGUUGCUGAUUUGAGACCACAAAUCACGUCUGUCUUGCAAGAAGACAAGUGCAGAGACUUCCACGCCAUUAUGGAAGCGAUUUGGCAUGCUGUUAGGCCCAGGGGACAGCAGUUUGCAAUGCUAAACAACUAAACCCGCCAAACGCACCUACCUAGGCUGAGGAUCUGGCUGCGAUGCCUUGAUGCAAGACAGCGCGCAUUUGUGUACGGAGAUCCAGCAUCAGAGACUUUGUCUCGAUAUGGGGAGGGGGGAUUUUUCACUUUGAUACAAAACAUGACGGCGAAAAGUGAACGAGGUUCAAGUGGAGCGGGAUUAGUAGGUGCGUCUACUUCCGGUGUCGAAACAAGUAUUAAAGCGCCGAAGCUGAGCGAGGAAGAAAGCUCGUCGUCAUCUUCAAAGGGGAACAACAAGAAAAAUUCCAGUUCCACUUCUAGCGCAACACCAAAAACCACUUCUACCAGAACAAACCACUCGGGAAGUGUGUAUUUGCUGAGUCAAGAAUCUUCUAAAACAACCACAACAGCGGCUUCGACGGCAAAAAACAGCAAAUUGAACGUGGCCAGUUCCUCUACUUCCAGCAAGACAAACUCCGAGAACGAUUGCUACUCGAGUACGACGAGUUGCGCCGAGGAAAACAGUAUGCAUUGCAAAUAUGUCUGGGUCUGGAAAUUUCUGAUGCUAGUUUGCGAAUCAUCAGCAACCUACAAUAUGGGAACGCGCAUGACAAGUUUCUGAGCGACUUGGUCUUGCGUAAACUGCAUGACAAACUGCGUUUUUGCAUCACAAAAAAAUAGCUUGUUAGCGCAACAUGCAUGACAGAUCUUUCUCUCCUGUUAGCAGAGCAUUACAAAUAACUUCACAAUCCCCCAGACCCAGACAUAUUUGCAGUUGAUAAACACUACCUCUAAACCAGACAGCAAACUGGCAAUUUUGAAGAGAGGUGGGAAAAAGAAUUAUCCCUCGAGUAGUAGUUCUUCGACCGGCACUGUGCAACCCGGUUGUACAACUAGUGCUGUAUCAACAUUAAUAUCCACAUCGCGGCAAGAUGAAUCUUCCUCCCCCUGUUUGCUCGCCAACUGCCACAUUGCAACCCUCGCUGGGAAGAAGUUGGCAGCGGAUGUCGCAAACAGAAAGGAGCCCCGGGCAGUGCUCGGAGGUAGUGGAGUUGGACCACCAUCUUCUUUGUUGAGCAAUAGAACCUCCAGUGCAAGUGGUGCUCCGACCGCGAUUGAAUUAGAGAACAAAAACUUCCUUGACCUGGUGAAAUACAGCACCAGCGCCACGACGAGCAAAAGCUGUGUUGAAACAAGUUCUUCGGCCGGGUCCUGCGACGACGCGGAUAGAAGUUCUAGCAAGAGACAACAAACAGUUGCAGUUGCUUCUUCUUCUAAACUAUGCAUUGCAAACGUAUCGUACUAGUAGAAAUCGAAUGACAAAUUCACUCAGCGUGAGAAAUGGAGUUUGUCAUGCUGUUUUGCCUUGGGAUCGAGAUUUGUAAUGCAUGACUGCGAUUACUACGAGUACGAUACUUUUGCACAGGAUAUAAACAGAAAACCGCAGUGGUGAGUGUCACCCACGACGGCGAAAUGGCGAAAAUUUCGCUGUAUCAAAUGCAAAAAUGUCUGGGUCUGGAAGAGUGCAAAUUGUAAUGCUGUCUGCGGAUUCUAAAAAUAUCUGUGUUGCAUGAGCAGCAAGAGGAGUCAGUUCUUGGCACGCGAAGAGGGCAUUUCUGAUGCGUAAUUAGCAUCAAGAAGCUCUCAAAAAAUCUGUGAUGCUAGCACCAGCAUCACAGACCUCACUGGUCACGCAAAAUGUGCAUGACAAUCCCAGACUCUUCCAGGCCCAGACAUAUUUGCAAUCCAUACGCUGCUUUCUGCGGAGGAAUUGGCGGAGUUGGGGGUUGGAGAGGAUGACGAUAAUCUCACCGAGCCGACUCCUUCCAACAAGGCGGUUGAUGCAUCUUCGCCAACUGAUGAAGUAGUCCUACCUCAGGAAGGAGAGGAACAACUACUACACGGCAUUUCUACUACUUCUUGCAGUACUACGUCUGCCACUUUGGAAAAGCUCUUCACGCGGAACUCGCAAUUAGAGAAGGAAAACAAGGAACUGCUGCAGACCAACAAAUUUUACAAGGAACAGCUCGUGCCCCAGACCGACAACACGAAGAACGAGCAGGACAAGGAGCUCAUUCGCAUGGCGACGUCGCAGAAGAAGUCCGAAAAGAAAAUCGCUUCCUUGUGGAAGCAGAAUGAGGAACUCAGGUGGCAGAACGAGCAACUGAGUCAGCAGAUUUCGCUCGUGGGAAAAUCCGGCGUGGAGCAGAAACAGGCACUGGCGGCUUCUGCGAAUUGUGCCGUUGGCACGGUUGCGGCGUAG